UCGUAAUGACACAAUGGAGGUUAAUUCUUUGCUUGGAGAUUUAAAGCAAGAGGUAGCUGAGUUGAAGGAACAACUGCAGAGGUGGUCUUUCGAGGAGCAAUAUAAAUGAAUAACUGAAAUGAUUGAAUCUAAGAUGAACGAUACCAUGCAUAGUCUUGAAAAGCAGUUGGAGGAGGAGCGUACUGCUCGGUUGGAGGCAGAAAAAUAUGCAGAAAGCAAAAUUCGUGAAUUGAAAGAUAGCUUAGAGAAAACUCAAAAGGAGACUGAGGAGCUCACAGUCAAACGUCGUUCUUACAGCUGCAACAAAUGUCGAAGUCAUGUCUCAUUACACGAUGAUAUCAUCUCUAAAAAGUUUCAGGGAAGGAAAGGCAAGGGUUUCCUUUUUGCUCGUGUGAGGAAUAUUGUUGUUGGAACCAAAGAAGAAAGACAUCUCACAACUGGUCUUCACACAGUUGCUGACAUAUACUGCGGGGAUUGCAACGAGGUUUUGGGCUGGAAGUACGAACGAGCUGUUGAGCCAUCACAGAAGUACAAGGAAGGGAAAUUCAUACUCGAGUUGUCCAAAAUCGUAAAAGAUAAUUGGUAGCUCAUUACCAGAGUCAUUUUGAUUUAUUUGUCAGUACUGAAUGUAAGUAUCUUUUCCUGUCUCUGAGCUUUCACUCUACAUGACUACUUUCCAACAGAAUUAUCACA